UGAACGCGCAUGCCAUUGAAACAAGCCUGGACUUGUGGACAGACAGAAGCAGAGCACGGACCUGAAGCAGCACAGAUGGCAGAGUGGAACGCCUUUUACCGGAAUGAAGAUGAUGAGGAAGAGCAAGAGGAAGGAGAGCAAUCUGGGGGAGAUUACAAGAGCACAGGGAGAGACAGUUUGGUCUUCUUGGUUGAUGCCUCCAAGGAAAUGUUCAUAAAAGGAGAAGAUGGACAGCCAUCCAACUUUGACAUGACCAUGCAGGUUGUGCGCAGCGUGUACACCAGCAAGAUCAUCAGCAGUCACAGGGACCUGAUGGCGUUGGUUUUCUUCGGCACCGAGCAGAGCAAAAAUCAAACAAACUCAUUCAAGCACGUCUACGUGUACCACGACCUCGACGAACCCGGUGCAAAGCGAGUGCAGGACGUGGACGCUCUGAAGGGGGAAAAAGGCGCCCAGCAAGCGGCGGAGAUCAUGGGCAGCGGGGAGACGUCGUUAGGCGACGCCCUGUGGUGCUGCGCCAACCUUUACAGCGACAUCAAGCUACGCCUCUCGCACAAGCGGCUCAUGAUCUUCACCUGCAGGGACGAACCACACGAGGGGGACAGUGUGAAGGACCGACAGGCUCGCACCAAGGCCGGGGACCUCAAAGAGACCGGUGUCAUCAUUGAUUUAAUGCAUCUGUUGAAACCGGGCGGCUUCAAUGUGGCGCCCUUUUUUCGUGACAUUGUAAGUCCACCCGAGGAUGAGAGCGAGCUGGGGCUUCAGCUGGAGCCUUGUUACAAACUGGAGGACCUCCAGAAGAGGGUGCGCGCCAAGGAGCAGAAGAAGAGAGCCAUGGCCCGGAUAAACCUGUGUCUUGGCGAGGGCAUAAAUGUCGCUGUGGGGAUUUAUGCAACAGCUGUGACAGCUCGGAAACCAGCUCCCAUCAGACUUUACAGGGAAACCAACGAGCCGGUCCGCAGCAAAACCCGAAUCUUCCACACCCAGACCGGCAGCCUGCUGCUGCCCAGUGAGAUAAAGAAAUCCCAGACGUACGGUAAGAAGCAGAUAGUGAUGGAGAGGGACGAGGUGGACGCCAUCAAGAAGUUUGAAGAUCCUGGAAUGUCUCUGAUCGGAUUCAAACCGAUGGAGAAGCUCAAACGUCACCACCACAUCCGACCCGCCGUCUUCCUCUAUCCUGAGGAGGAAGAGGUGAAAGGCAGCGCAUGUCUGUUCUCUGCCUUGUUGACGAAGUGCAGCGAGAGGAACGUGUUCGCUCUGUGCCGCUGCGUCUCUCGCCGAAACUGCCCGCCUCGAUUUGCCGCCCUGGUGCCUCAGAAAGAGGAGAUCGAUGAGGGGAAAGUACAGAUUACACCACCAGGGUUCAACGUCAUCUAUCUGCCGUACGCUGACGAUAUUCGGACUCUGGAUAUUCCCCGGUGCCCGUCGGCCUCACAAACACAGGUGGACAAGAUGAAGGAGAUCGUCUCCAAGCUCCGCUUCAAAUACAGGAGUGAUGCUUUUGAGAAUCCUGUCAUCCAGCAGCAGUACAGGAACCUGGAGGCCUUGGCUCUGGACAUGGUGGCUCCAGAGGACAUAGAGGACCUCAUCAUGCCAAAGGUGGAUCAGAUGGACCGCCGUCUGGGUCCUUUGGUUCAGGAGUUUAAAGAUCUGGUUUACCCGGACGACUACAACCCCGACAGCAAACCAGCUGCCAAACGCAAAACAGCUGAUGCCGCAGGCGGCGCUGAGAAGAAGCCUAAAGUGGAGGUGACAGAAGACGAGCUGCGGGAACACGUGCAGAACGGCACCCUGGCAAAGCUGACCGUGCCCGUGUUGAAGGAGGCCUGCAAGCAGUUCGGGGUUCGGACCACCGGGACCAAGAAGCAGGAGCUGAUAGAUGCUCUGAUCGCCAAGCUGGGCCCAUGAGGAGUUAAAUAUACAACUCACAGUGCCUUCAUGAGCAGACAAGGCUUGUUCAGAUCAGGGUUACACUUGAUUCCAGAUGUAGAAAUGUCUUCAGCCACUUUGUAAUGACCAAAUUCUAGUAAAUUCUGUGUUCUACUUUAAAGGUAGGUAACACGUUUUAAAUCUACUGCUUGGCCUGUGAAAUUUGGGAUGUACCGGGACACUGUGUUUAGGGUUCAACCAAAAACACUCCUUGUUAUGUUUGAUGAAAUAAAACCUGCUUCACCUUUUUUUGCAAGGCAGCAUGUUUUGGUGCAGCUCAGUGCUAAUGUUUGCAUUAGGUGUGUCAGUUCCACAUUUCAUGAAUAAUGUUUGAUUGUAAAAAAAACAAGCCAUUUUCUUGUGAUUGAGAACUCUCAAACUGUUGUGUUACAACAUUAUGACAAAAAUCUUGCACUCAUAGUCUCAUACAGUCAUAAAAAUACUGUAACUAGUGAUCACAUUUUGCAUUUUCUUGAAUAAAACAAAAAAGUUUCACA